ACCGGGGCCUCGCGAGGUCGUGCAGCCGAUCAGCCCACCUCAGUCCUCAGUCGCCCGCCAGUCGACUAGUGAAAGUGUACGAGAGAAGACAGGUGGUGGCGGCAGAUCGAGUAGGUACGCGAACAACGAUCCUCGACUAACAGACUAACUCACUAACAAACAACCAUGGUGUUCAAGGGUGCUCCCUAGCUUCUGUGAUAAGUUAUGUACCGAUCAGUGUGUUCUACGGAGUCGUGAUAACCUCUAGUAUUUAUCUAUAGUCGGUACUCCCAGUGCUCUACACAACCUCGGCUAUGGCGGGGACGAUGCAACCAAUGUUCUUUUUAUCGAUCGCUUUGUUCAUGUAUUCAGAGGCUGCCCAGCUCCCUCGCUCUACUGCCACCACACUAGAAGUGGGCCAAGAUGUGAGAAUAGAAUGUAACAGCAACGAUAUUGGAGUGGCCAUUACCACAAAGUCUGGUGUCUUCAACGGUAUGAUUUAUCCCAAGGGACUGUCCAAGAACUCCAGCUGCAUGACUGAGUUCUUCCACCAGCGUAGCCCUGUCUACUACAAACUGCCCCUUCGCUCCUGCAACACUAUGAGCACUGAAUUGUUUGAAGGAGGCAUUGAGUACUUCAAUACAAUUGUAGUGCAGCCCCACAGGAAGCUGGUGACAAAUCAGGGCAGAGGGUUUCACAUCAGUUGUCGAUAUCAGACUCGCGACAAAACCAUCUCAAACGAUGUUGACGUUAGUACGAUGGAACCAACAACUCUGUAUGCAACAGUGCCAAUGCCUGGCUGUACAAUGAAGAUCUUCUCAGGUGACCCGUCCCAGCGAGAGGUUGCAGAGAAUGUCAAGAUUGGAGAUCCACUGACUCUUGUUAUCUCUAUUGACAGCCAAGCCAUCUACGGGCUCAAAGUGUCAGACUGUCUGGUGCGUGAUGGGCUCGGUUGGGGAGAACAACGCCUCAUCGACUCAGAGGGAUGUCCUGUGGAUCAGGAAAUCAUGGGCAUGUUCCACUACAGCUCCAACAUGACCACAGCCUUUGUCUACUUCCAAGCCCAUAAGUUCCCGUACACUGCGUCCGUCUACUACCAAUGCAACGUGCGCUUAUGCCUCAAAGCGGACAAUGGCUGCAGUGAUGUGCCACCAGCAUGCAGCGAAGAGAGGAGACGACGGAAGAGAGAGGAUGAUGACGGAGAAGGUAGCCAAGCCACUAUAGAAGUAUACAGUGGCCUCUAUGUAAACGAAGCCACUGAGCUUGGCCAGGCAGAUCAAUUGGACCUUGUUGCUCGAGAAAAGGCUUUAGAUGACCCAAACAACAUUUGUAUAUCUCAGCGAAAUUUUGCUAUCGGCAUAGCAGUGGCAGGGUUGAUCCUCAUGCUGAUGGUGGUGGCGGCAUUCCUCAUCCUGCUCGCUAGGAGACGAUCUCGUAAGGAGAUAUCCACAACAGGCAGCUCAAUCUAUAGUGGACCUUAUACCAACACUGCCUACAGCCAUAGUAGUUAAAUAAGAAAAGAAUCUCCCACUGCCACGUGACUGUACUCUGACUUUUAUUAAAAUUAUACUUAGGGAAUACUUUCAAAUUAUAUCCUAUAUAUUUUAAAAAUAUUAUCAGUAAGUUGAUUAUUUUCUAAACAACAUCUUUCUUAAAAUGUCUCUAUUAAGGAUUAUUCUUGAAAGUAUCGACAUAAAUCAACCUUUUUAAGGGGUUAUUAAAGCUUUUAAUAGUGUUCUAAUUUAAAAUUUAUUGCAAAAUAAAUAAAAUUAAAAUAAAAUGCUAUUUUAUAUAUUUUUGUGGAAGUAAUACUUAGAAUGAGAGUUGUUCGAGAAUUUGUUUAGACUAAAUGUUUUACAAUUUUUUAUAUGAAGCUGAUGUUCUUACCAUUUUGUCUUAGGUAUAUAAAUUUUGACUACUGUAUUUAAUACGGUUAGUGUAUGAAAGAUGGAGUUUGUGUGCUAGUGUAUGUGCGUGAGGAAAUUUUAAAAAUGUCUUUCACAUAAAAUAAAUGCUACCUUCAUGUAUGUGAAACAUUUUAGCAAAUAGGUGCUGGCAGAUCUUAAAGAUGUGUGGAAGUCUGGUUUUAGGGAGUCACCUGAUAUAAGAUGGCUCAUCUUCUAUUUCAAUCUGGCUUUGCUCAACUUUAUGUUAUUGCACUUAUUGCUAUAUCAUUUGUUUUUCUGUUUUAUCCAUUAUUAAAUUAAACAAAAUCACUCUUGAAGUCAUUACAGUUUCAAUUCUAAAUAUAUAUAUAAAUUUUCACUGUAAUUUAUUUGAAAAAAUACAAAAGAUUUAAAUUCAACUCCAUGCUUAGAAAUGAAGAGGGGCCAUCUAAAACAUGGCAUUGGUUCAAAAUACCAUUGAGUUUAUAAUAGUUCAUUUUUCAAAUAAUGAUGGCUUGGUAAGUUAUAGCUCAAAUUAGUUAAUGGUAGUCUGGACCUUUGCCAAAACAAUCAUAACUAUGUUGUAAAUAUGACGACUAUUAAUUAAUUAGCCUUAUUAUGAGAUAGCCAUUACUGUAAUCUAGUUUUAUUAUUAAUGUUAUAAUUAAUAUUAUUUGCUACUAUAAAAACAGUGUCAUUACUCCUUAAUUCUCUUUACAAUCUCUUCUUUUUUAAUACAGAUGAAUUAAAUCACUAUUUACGCUUA